CCGUCACAGAGGAGGAGGAGGCACAGCAGUUGCCUCGUCUGGCAAUGCCUCGUAGUUUUACAAUCUCCCUGUCUCUCGGCAGCCUCACCUCGACAUCCUCCCAACAGUCACUGUGCUCACAGUCCUCAGAGGACUGGCUUGCGAGCCUGGAUUACUUGCGGGACACUGAUGACGACUCAGCGGCUCUGCGAUCCUGGUCACAGGUAGACUGAGAGGGGUCUGAGAGAUAUUGUAUUCAUCUUGUGGCAUCACGUACUCCUUUUCUGCAUAUGGCAUCAUGUUGUUUCUGCCGCUACCAUGUCCGCUCUUAUUGUUUGGCCUUAACCUCGUCUUCGGAGGCGCAUGUCAUCACGUGUGGAGUAUCCCUCGUUCCUUGGUUUUCGCGCCUCUGCUAUGUUGUCAGUUGAUGAUAGCAUGAGACUCACACGCUUCCCUGAAGCUGGAUUUUCACCAGCAUGUCUGUUGUCGCUUGAGUUAGCCAGUUGCUAUAACUGCACCAUCCCUCUGUUCUGUCCUCCAUCCCCCCUGUUUUCUUCUGGGCUUCUACUCACAGCAUUUUCUUUUACUGCCUAUAGGACGAAUUCGUGAAAGAGUACAAGAAUGACCAUGUAAGUAUGGGCCUUCAGCUGUAGGGCUUCGUUAUGUGCGGACCUGCCAUAUCCAGUCGUAACCUUAGUGAUCGUCUCCUUCUGCCGGUCUUUCAGCCCCUGGACUAUUACUCGCAUUUUGUCGUGUCCCCGGACAGUGAAUACCUCCACGCCCCCAACGUGAGUGCGCCACCAAUGCCCCAAGAGGAGGAACUUGUCGUUCGUAUUAAAGCCAACUCCUUUCCUCUUGGUAAGUUUUUUUUGUUUCUACGUAUCGGUGACUCGAAGUCCUCAUUGCUCAACCACCUCAGUCUUGCCCUGUUUUGUUGGGCAGUCAGUUAAUCCUCUCAACAUAUCCAGCCAGAGCUCGCGAGCUUUUGCUUCGCUGUCGCCUAACAGUGCGGUUGCACCGUGCCUCGCUGGGCAGCGAUCGCGUAAGACGUUCCGGUGCAGAAAGGCGGCCCCCUUAGGUCCUGAAUUCGAGAUUAGACAUCUCUGCGCACUUCUGCGAAAUGCCAGGUUAGGAUUUCAAGGUUGUGUGUCAGACGGUCACUGGAGUUAUGUUAGGACUUCUAAGCCCUUUAUGGAUCACCGAUUUGCCGCAUCGCUGCGGCUGCAUCGUUUGCGACUGUCUUUUACUCAGGCCCCAAAGCUUCCAUAUUUGGCCAUUAACCUUCCCCAAAAGCCAUCCGACAUCUGCAAACGGGCCUGAAGGUAGGCCAACGCGUAGGUACAGUCUUCCUUUCUGUUUUUGACUGUAUGAUCAUUUUUGCCAAUAACCAAAAUUGCUUUACAUGCGGGUGUCGCGCAGGUAUCAAGUUGGACGCCUCGGCUGCCGGCGGUAUUGACGGAUGUCGUGUUGUACAAGUCCUGCGUGGUGGUGCUGUGGAACACUCGGCUAGUCUUGCACCCGGCGACUACAUCACCAGGAUCAACAGUGAUUCGCUGCGGCAGGUGACCAAUGUUGAAGCCUUCCGUAUCGUGCGGCGUGCCUCUGUCGACUGCCCCACCGUUGAGUAGGCUCCACUGUCUCUGAUUUUUUGUUGCCUUUUGAUUCAGCAUUGAUUGAGUAGGGCUUAGAAGUGCGUGACGUCGGAGUUGCCCCUCCUCCCCUUUAACUGGGUUUCCCUACAUUUUCACCCCUUAGGAUUGCAUACUUUCCGUCGUCCAAAGUUUCUGAGCAUCGGGCCAACUAC